AUGAAUCAAUUAAAAAGAUUAUCCAUUAUGUCUAUUUUCCUAUUUUUUUUUUCUCUAUUGAGCGUGUCAUGUUUUAGAGGUAGUAAUGGAACUAAUGCAAUAACAUCUCUUCAUAAUGAAAAUCAAAUUUAUGAUCACUCAAAUAAUAAGAUAUCUUCAUUUAUUUUACAAUCACAAUCAUUAGAAAUGGUUAGCGAUGAGUUAGCUGAUAGUAUUGCUAAUGAAAUAGUUAAUGCAUUACAAAAAGAUUCAUCGUCAUUUUUACAAGAAGGAAUUGGAUUUGACAUAAAAGGUCAAAUCAAAAAGCACGCCAAAGAAGUAUUAAAAGAAGUAGCUAAAGCAGGAAUACAGCCAAUCGAAGAAGUAGUAGCUGCAUCAGUUAAACCCCCAACUAUUUCACCACAUGCAUACAAAUUAUUGAAACCAGUGUUGAAAACUCUCUUUAAUAAAGUAGAACAAACUAUAAAAAAAGAUGUACCUGAUUCCAUAUGGGAUUAUGAAGGAGAUGAUUCAGAAGAAAUGGAUGAGCAAGAAGAGGAAAGCUUUGAUGAAUUAGCAGAUAGCAUGAUUAAUGAAGAUUAA